UCCAAUCAAGAGUAUACAUUUGAGGCCGCCUCUGAUAUUGAUGCCUUCAGUGUUCCAACAACAUCGGCACUUGCGCAAUCGUCUGUACGGUAUAAAGAUGGAUCACAUUCAAUGAAGUGGACUUGGGUCAGUGGAGAUACAAUGACACAUACCUUCUCCCCAGCAGUAAGUUUUAACCCUUUGCACCCUAACAUCAGUAUGUAUUUCCUCCAUACUAUCCUUUUUACAUUUUUCAAGGUAAUGACAAGGAGAAUUCUAUAAGAAAUCAGGAGCCUCCUAGGCUUGCGAUCAUUUCCUUUAUUCUCAUGAUCGUAACGAAUGAUUCAGGAGUGUUACAAAAAAGAGAAAUUAGAUAUUGGUCACUUCGGGUUUAAAGCAUUUAUUACCCUUCUUUUAACUUUCCAGAUUUAUUAAUUUAUUUACCUAUGUUGAACACAUAUUUAAAAUUUAGCCUUAAACCUUCAACCAAGGAAAAUAAUUUAACAUGUUUUACAAACUUAUUUUGUCAAUCUUAGCAACCCCCAUCCCACCCCCCAAAUCAAUUAGAGAUAAAAAUUCAAUUUGUUACCCAAUGAAAGAUGAAAUGAAAAUGUUGGUGUAUAGUAAGUAAACAGAACCUAUUUUAAAGCUUCAAAUGUAUGCCAGGUUUGUGUAUUAGUGUCUAUGUGAUGUGUUAUAUAAAAAUAACGAAGAUCACAAACUAACUGCAACAUACAUUUCAGAUUUCAGGAAAUGAGCUUAAAGAGGGAGGGAUUCAGUUGUGGCUUUACAACACUAAUCCACGCGCAGGAGAGAACUUGGCUGUCUCUUUCCAAAAUACUGCAUCCACCACUGUUACUGUAUCACAGUUCAAUAUUAAGUUGAAUUUUAAGGUAAGGGGUAACAUUGCAAAACACCUGUUAAAUUCCUGUGGUCAAAUUCAAUUUUGCAAGAUUGCCUUUGUACACCUUGAUGAUGUGUAUGCAGAUUGCCUUUGUACACCUUGAUGAUGUGUAUGAGCAUGCUUUGAAGUGUAGCAGAGGUAUCUUCUAUUAAUGCGGCAUUUAAAACUACGGAAUCGGAAAUGUUUUGUGGCAAUAAUGUAAAACAUUGAAUUUUUUUCAUAUUUGCAGUAUGAUCAUGUAUUAUUGUAUCACUUAGCUCUUAUGUGAGGUCUGGUUAGUUAAUCUAGUUGGCCGUAUUUCUCUGUGACCUGUUAAAUUCAAGAGUUUGUUUGACUUGAAAUGUUUCCCCUCUAUUUGAACUCAGAGAUAUAGUAAAUAACUUACUGACCUCAUUUUUUUGGACUGCACUAUAAGUUACAGAACCUUGUUUUUUCAGCCUUUCGCAGGCUAUAAAUCUGAGCUGAAAAAACUUGAUUGGUAUCAUAGUGUACAGUCCAUAGACUUGUUUAGUAAGGGGUAUCUAUGGAUUACAUGUUGAUGGUGUUAACAAGUAUUAUGGCAAAAUGCUAUAGUAAUACACUUUACUGAUAGCUUUGGGGGAUGGUUAUUUCAAAGAUAAGGACAGAGAAAGACAGCAAUCUCCUUAGAAUCAGGGAGGUUACUAAGGCAACCAAACCACAGCCCACAUCUAAACAUCUGUCAACAUGACACCAGAAUACUUGUGUAUAGAAUGACUACUUAUCCAAACUUUUGGGGGUAGAAAAGAAGUAGGAAGUGAAACAAAGAAAGCAAUGGAGCAAAGCAGCAAUUGAAAGUAAUUUGAGUAAAAUCAUGGGCAUUACAGAAGUUCAAUAACUUUUUCCAUAAGCUGCUGUUGAUAAUAUAAUAGACAGCUGUGCCUGAAAAAGGGCUGUAAGGCAAAAUAUGAGAGCCUGCAUGUAGGCCUUUAACUCCCAAGAUCUGAUUGUUAAUUCUCCCCUCUAACUGUUAGACAUUUCCUUGUAAAUUUGUUAUGAGAAUUUGGUGUGUGAUCGAGGUAAUAACUUGUACCUGAUGAGUUUGAGUAUAGUCACUACCUGUUUACCAGAUAAUGUAUGGAUAUUAUAGGGAGGAGUAACAUGUUAAUCACUUCUGGGAGUUAUAAGGCUUAUGUUGAAAUUGAAACCAGCUGUAUAAUAAUCACUUUGUUCUUUCCAUUUGAAGGGGUGGCGUGCUGUGUGGGUAUCCUAUCAAGAAGCUAUUGUGACUAAAAACAAAGAUAUUAAUGUUAUGAAAAUAACUGCUCCUACAACUCAAGCUACCAUACAUCCAUUGUAUUUUGAUCUCUUGCGUUUUGCAAGUGAAGUCAUGAGGCAAAGCCGUGACAAAGUGGUACCACCAAUAGAUCCAAACCUUUACUCCAACAACAACUUCUGGCAGCAAACCUAUUGCUGGAGUCAGGUAUGUUUGAACAUGUUUGUGUUAAAAUAUAUCUAAUAAAAUAAGAAUGAAGUGGGAUUAAGCAGUGCACAUUCUAGAAGGUGGCUCUUCUUGUCCACUGUUUCCAGGUCGAAUUGGAAUUUAGAAUGUCGGUUUUUGUGGAUGGAGGAAAAGCAGAGGAAUAGGAGAAAGACCCACAGAGCAACUAUGAGGACCAACAAAAAACAUAAGACACAUUUGACACCAGGUCCUUGAAUUGAACCUGGGCCACAGUGGUAAGAGGUGAACCCUCUCACUACAGUGCCAUUCCUCCCUCCCGCUCUAAUAAUAGAAAAAAGUAUAGAUCUGUUUAAAUGCUCAGUCAGUUUUGUCUUGAAAGAUGUGAUGUAUUUGAUAUCAAUAUUGUUCCACAAAAUUCAUUUAUGCAAACUAAAAGGGUUCAUUCAUGCAGUAACUGUAAAUCACUUUGUCCUUUGGUCUUGGAGUAAAGUUUGGGGAGCUGGAAGAUUUUUUAACUGAAUCAAUUAAUGAUGGCUGGGGCAAGUUUUGGUGAUCUCUGCAUUAGGUGCUCUCAAAAAUACAAUGUUUUAAAGCUGUCAGUGAUUUAAAUAGUUAUGAUGCUGAUAUUUACUGAUAAACAGAAUAUUACAUUAUUGUCUGCUUUUGGAUACAAUUUAUCUUCUAUUGAUGAUCAGAUAUCUCUCACUCAAAGAAAAAAUUCACAUCCAUGUACAGCCAUGUAAAAUACUCUAUGCAUAUUUCUUUUAGGUAUCACCACCAACCAUUUGUGUUACCACACCCAGUCAAGAAAAACUGGACAAUAUGACCCUGAUUGAAAAGCGACUAGAGAAUUGGUUUGUUAAUCAGUCUCAGAGCUCACUCCAGUUUCCAACAAAUGCUCAGAGGAGAUGGAUGUCUUUACAGAUGCAAGUGGAUAGUGCUUACACUCAGUAUGAACAACUAAAUAUUGUCAAAAGCUCAGAAGGUGUUAUUACAGGUAAACACCAUGUUAAUAACUAACCUAUGACUUUUUUGCAAAAUUCUAACUUUUUGUUUGGUGGCAGGUUUAAGGACUGAAAAUAAUAGCUUAACCACUUUAAUGAAGUUUUAACCCUUUAACUCCCAUAGGUGACCAAUGCAGAAUUUCUUCUCACAAUUUCAAUGCAGCAUCAAGCAGUAAAAUGAUGAGAAUAAGGGCAAAUAUUAUUAAGAGGGAUUAUUACCUGGUCUAACACCAAAUUCUCUCAAUUCACAUCAUAAGAACUGUAUAGUACCCACUAAUGAGAAUCACUUUUGAGAUGUUGGGAGUAAAGGGGUCAAAAGCUAACUGACUGUUUAAAAAAUUGGAAAUGACAUCCCUUCAAUCAUGAUUUUUUUAAAAUUUUCAAGUCUUAGUCGAUGCGCCUUCAGUCAUAAUUUUUUAAAAUUUUUGGGCCUUAGUCAUUUGAAGUGGAUAUUGGUAUCCACUGGAUAGAUCACUGUCCUGUGGAUAAAGCAAUGGAGUUUGUAAAUGCUUAUCAGUUGAAUAGCAAUUUAUUUGUUGGAUAAUGUUAUCCACUGCUCCGCGUUCUCCUUACAUCCCCCUUCCUUAAUAUGAUAUAUAACUGACGGAAAUGGUGCUCUAUGGCCAUGAUUUCCUUUGCAACUUAACAGUUGCACUUAUAUCUAAGCAUAACAUAGGGUUGUCUUUGGUCAACUCACUGACAUACUGGUAUUGAACUAAGUUGUUGGUGAGUUCACCAGGGGGUGAACUUGGGGGUUGGGGAGUUGACUAAAAGUGUUGGCAAGUUUAAUAAUGACAACAAUGAGUUGCCUAAUGGUGUUGGUAAGUUGCCUAAUGAUUUCAGUAAGUUGGUUGUUGAUAAUUUGAUGUGUCAGAAAAAUGAUUGAGAACAGCUUUUUUUUGUUGCUUUAUCCAAAAAUGAAAUCUCCAAAAUUGUAUUUGCAUUGUUACUCUGCAGGGGUGCCUCUUUAUGCUGACAGCUCUAAAGUUACUGGUGGUAAAAAAUUUGGGGAGGUGAUGGUAAAAGUGCUUCUUCCAUUGGCACUGGAUUAUCAUGUGAGAUCACGUGAUGUUGACGUCAAUGCAUUGGCGGCCGAUCAACUGUCCAACUUGAAUGGAACCAUGGACCAGAAAAAUGAUGCCAUAAAGGUAUGGUUGAUUGGCUCUUUAACCCUUUAUAGUCCAGUAUCAGUAUGCACUAAUUCUCUAUAGUGUUCUCUGUCCAUUUUCCACGAUACUGGCAAGAGAAUUUUACAUUCAUCAAGGGCUUAUUUUAGUAGCUAAUCAUUUUGUUUAUUCUCAUGAUCUUGAUAUUUUAUUCAGCAGAAAUACUUUAAGGAGAAGUUCGAUGUUAGCUGCUCUUGGGGGUAAAAUGGGUUAAGGUUCACCCUUAACCUUGAUAGGUGUGUUCAGAUGAGGGUUUGUAAACAUGGUUGUCAAAGUUUUCUAGAUACAAGUUAAAAAAGCAAAGUAGAGUUCUUUCUCAGUGUUCUCCCAGCCGUGUCCAAACACAAGAGGCUGGAAGAAUAUUUGAAUGCUAAGAAAAAUCUCAAUUGUAUUUUGGAUUUGCAUGCUUCGAUCAAUUUGAGGCUUUAACAACCCCCCCAAGGCAACCCCCCCAGGCAAUCCCCCUAGGCAACCUCCCUGGCUUUUGGAGAUUGGUUCGCUCGAAUUACCCCCUCCCCCACCCCCGCGGCCAAAAUUGUUUCGUAAAAGGCAAGACCAGCGACCGUGACGUUCUUGUAGACCUUUUCUUCUGAGUCAUCUGCUCGUGAAAGUGAAUUUUUUACUUUUUUCUCCUUUUUAAAUUAUAACAUUUUCUUUUUUUGCUGUUUAUCUUAGCUCUAAAAAUGUGCAGUUGCCUUAAGCAAACUUUAUGCAAAAUAGGCCCCAUUCUUUUUAUUGAAUUUUACCUGCCGCCAAGAUGACGGAGGGAACAUUUAUUAUAAGUACUUUUCAGAGAAUGCAGGAUGGUUUUACUGAAUUUUCUUUCUUUUUUUCAACCAUAGAAAAUAGCAGGAGGUAAUCAGAACAUUCAAAAUAUAUUCACCACCGCCCUGGGUACCAAUCAAAAAUCUUACACGUUGGAGAAAGUGAAGGUGGCCAUAGGCACUCUGAAUACGAAGCGAAAGGAACGAUUACUUCUCCUUUUGGAAUAUAUUGAAGAUCAAGGUGAGUCUAUGAAUAAUAGGGUAAAGUAUGGAACUCGAGUCAUUGGGGCAAAACCCCUCCCCUGAUCCAACGAUGAACUCAUAGUAAGUCAAGGUUAAUAUAGGUUAGGGGAGGGGUAGGUGCCCAGUUGCUCAGAUACUGACAUUGAUGCGAUAAUUCAUACAAUUCCAUUCCUGGAGCUCAUGAAAUUAAGAACUGGUAAGUUCUGAGCUCGUUAAAGAAAUAGAGAAAGACGUUUUUCGUCUUGUCACGAGCGUGAGACAAAGAAAAAACUCUGAGUCCCCAUGAGGAACCGAACCUCAUACCUUCGAAUUCCGUCCUCCGACGCGUGUCAUAUGAAUUUCGUAGUAGACCUCGCUCACCGUGGAGUCUCUGUGGCUCAAGGGCUUAUUUUAGUAGCUAAUCAUUUUAUUUAUUUAAAAAAUUCCGAUUCCUCAUGGGGACUCGGAAUUUUUUUCUUCUUUCUUUGUUUCUUUACCGAGCUCAAAACUUAUCAUCUCUCUUAUUUCUAUCUACAAAUUUUAUACCGUGUUUACCAAAAUAGCUCUAAAACAUGUUUAAAGCUUUGGUGAGAAUGGGAUAUAACUCAGCUCUUGCAUUUGUCAGGUUGGAACGAUGGUAGUGGUAUUGGUACUUUGCAUCAUGAGAUGAACCAUUCCGGUGCAGGUUUUAUGAAUGCAGUCUUUCUACUGAGGAAGGAAAUCACCGCCGCUGGUAAAAUCGAUGAUUAUGUGGCUACUAUGAAGUGGUACAACGAGUUUGGAGAAGUUUAUCAAGACCCGUUUGAAUAUGCUGGUACAACUGCUGAUCGUAUGAGAACCAUUGCAGUAUUCAGGCAAGAUGUUUUUCAUGUCAGUUCCUUAUGUGACAUAUGUUUUUUCUAGGUAUGCGUUACUUUUGUUUACUAAUACAAAACUGUGUGAAAAUUGGGUAAGUUUCCAAAGAAAACUGUGUCGCUGCGUCGAUGGGGUAUUCCAAGUUAAUUUGGUUUCAUUAACCGAGUUGGCAAUGUCAAUUGACCACUGUAAAGAGUUUCUAAGAGCUGACGUUUCGAGCGUUUGCCCUUCGUCAGAGCCAACAGUGGCCUAGUAGUUUGUUCUCUUACUUCAAACAGUGAGGUCCUGGUUUCGAAUUCUGACGGGGUCAUUGUGUUGUGUCUUUGUUAAUCUUCGAAGGUAAUCCGGGAUUUCUUUUUUUUCUGCUUCACGACACUCUGUGAUUGGUCUAGAAAACUCUUGCUACCACUCAACCAAACAGAUGCAAGACCAACGCAAGGGCCUGUAGGGAGCUGGUCAAUUGCGCCUUUCCGCGCUUCAAGAAGUUAGCUUCGCUUUUAGUUCGAGUCCUUGCUGCUUGACUUUGGUGUCGGUUUUAUGACAUCCAGUCGAAAUGCGCUCUAGUGUUAAACUCAGCAUCACGUUUCAGAGAUACUUAAGGCUAUGUUUCUCGUGGGCUACGCCUUAACAUCUUAAAACAUUCAGUCUAUGUUUUUUAAGUUCGUAAUCUGCAAUUAUUUUGAAUUAACUUCAUCCUGAGACAUUCUUCCAUCUUCUACCGUUACGAAACUUGUAUUUAAAAAAUACAUUUUAAUCUCUCCCUUCUCAACCAUUCCCUUUUUUGCCUUCUUUUUCCCUUCUUAUGUUUAUUGUUUUUGUUAUUAUUGUCAAAUCAUUUCCCUUUAGACCAUUGCGUUCCCACUCGAUAGAAAUUUAUGAAUACCUUGCACGAGCAAACUCAUUUAUCGUGAAGUCAACUGUUAAAAAAAUAAAGACGUUCAAUCCUCAGCCUUUGGUGCGCUGACUCUUUCUUUUGCAGGUUGUUUACCGUUCUAAUGAUGCCAACUACAACAGAUGCCAAAAAGCUUGAUAAAAUUCGUGACAUGGAAGAACUUGUCUUAUGGUACGCCAACGCACUGUCUCCUAAUGAAGGUUUAGCAGGAGUUUUAAAGCCUGAUUACCUUGGAUUCCAUCACAACAGCUUUUAUGCCUCUGCUUACCCUCCGCUUGCUAUCCAUUGUGGCGCACUCAUCGAGUUUCUACUCAGUGGAACACCAUUUAAAUUGAGUAAGAAUGAGCUAGUUACAAGGGAAAGUAAAGUGGGGACAAAAAAAAGAGCCACCGCGUACCUACCCCUCUGCAAACCAAACAUUACCCCUAAUUUGUUUUAGUAGACCGUUAUUGGGUUAGGGGAGGAGUAGGUGUGCAGUUUCUCUGAUACUAACAUUGAUCCAAAUGGAUUAAGAAACCGUUGGUUUGAGAUAUGCUCGAGAAGUCUGAUUGUCCGAUCGUGGAUAGUCCUGGAAAGGACUCCAGUUAGUAGCAUUGUCGUUUACAAAUAUGUUAGCCACAUACUUAGCGCUAUGGCUUUGAACAACAUUAUAGAGGGGAAAAGGCUAGGAAGGAAGUGUGCCAGCGGAUGACUUCUCUGAAGUGUGGUUUCCAAGGUAGCGAAACGACUACACAAAGAUCAUGGUUGGAACUACUAUAAAGCUCUCUUUUAUCUAGGUUUCUUCUUCGUCCAUUAACUCAAUAAUUCUUUUUAGAGGCUCCUUUUGUUUUCUGUUCUAGCCUGCAAGAGGAGACGCCUCUGUGAUCAUAUUGUUUCGCAAGGGAAAUGUGAGGCAACAGGCGGAGAGAGGCAUCUUCUCGUAGGAUUCCUGAGCACUCUCAUCUUUCGGCCGUGUAAAAUUGUCUGACGCAGUAAUAAACUAGCUCUGUUGUAUACUUAAUUUUUGGGGUAUACGUUGAUUUUAGAAAGGGAGUAAUUGUAUUUUGUAAUUAGAGUUUGAGUUGUGUUUUCGUGGUUUUGGUUCAAAGGUGAGGACACAAGCAAGCAUAUUAAGAAAGGUCUAGAGACAAUGAGGAUUGUUGCCGUUAAAUACUCAACUCCGAACAGUGUAUGUGGUCGAUUUCCAGGAUUUUACCGUGCAAUUUUGGCCAAGAAUUUUCCUGCCUAUGCUUACGCCGGUGCAACUGCUCCCAGUUUGAACGCUGAUGGAAGUCUGGGUGAAAUUGCUGCUCUCGACAGUGAUAAGAUCAAAAUGUUUUUACGACUUAAUGAUGCAGGCAAUGAGGAUGUUAGCGAUUACUUGGAAGAUGGGACGAUAUUCACAAGUAUCUUUUACCUAAACACUAUUGGUUCGAUCAACAUCAUGGAGGAAAUAAGCUCUAAAGCUGCCUCGAUGAGUGUAGCGGCCGAAAGCUCGCCCCAGGGAUUCUGGACGAAAAAUUAUGCUUCGCUAGUGAUUGCACGAAGAGAAAAUUGGGCGGUAACAAUGAAAGGCUUUAACAAGUAUGUCUGGGACUUCGAGGCUUCAAGCUAUCAAAAUGUUUAUGGUCUUUAUCAGAGUCAUGGAGCACUUCUCGUUGCAAACAGCGAGGCGUCACUUAAAACUCUAGAUAUCGAUAAUGGUUGGGACUGGACACGACAUCCGGGCACAACAACAAUAAAAAUGGAUCUUGAACAGAUGGUUAGCCAGCAGCGUAGGUAAGUAAUUAAAUCCCGUUCGCUCAAAUCCGUUUUAAUCGUUUGGCUGGCUUCUCGAGCGGGCAGAUCAAAUGGAAUCGCGUGUUCUGAUUGGUUAGCCUAGCGGGCAAGAUAGGCUCAUAUUCCCCGUUCGUGAUUGCCCUCUUCGAUCCCGUGGACUGAAAAAUCUCCCUGCUAUCGGUUUUCUAAAUUCGUAACUUUUGGGGAACUAUUCUAUUAGUAGAAGUUUCGUUUAAGGCUCUUUUUAACAACAACAAAAACAAAUGUCAUGUACUCUAUAUCAAGUUUUAACAAUGUAUUGAAUAGAAAAUAAUAAUAAUUUAUUAUUGGUAUCAUAGUAAGAGGGUAACUGCAUCCUGGAAUAACUAAGGAGCUAAAAAUGACAGGGAGUUGUGGGAGUUGUGAGUUGUGUAGGCUCAUAUGGUACAUAAACAAUCAAAGAAGAGUAUUUUGUACCACGUAGGACAAAUGAACCAAUUAUAUCAUCUGACAUUUGAAGUGGCUCCACAGAUAUUUUCAACCCAGGGAACUUGCGGGCGGAUUGACUUUGAUUGGUGGCGGUGAUUAUGCUACAGGGGGCUUUGGAAUGGAUUUCUCACAGCCAAGCUAUAAGUUUCCAGCUGGUUCCUUUCAACUUGACAUCACAUUUGGAUUUAAGAAGAGCAUGUUUUUCGCAGAUUUUGCCGUGAUUUGUCUUGGAUCUGGAAUCACAACAACCAUGAGCUCGCCCAAUAUAACUCAGGUACAUUUAAUUGUUUCCCUUUCAAUUAAGCAUCAAGCCUGUUAGAGACCGCUCUCCUUCAAAUUUGUUAGAAUUAUUUCUGUAACCAAAAACUUAACGUCAUCGAAAGGCGGGGACAGAUACAGUAAGAACUAUUACUUGUAGCAACUUGCAAUUUAUCUAAUACAAUCAACGUGGAGGAAGUAUGGUGACGAAGGGGUUUGCACGGUGGACCUCUGUUCGAGAGUCUGGGUUUGAGUCCUGGGAAGGUCAUUUUGUUGAGUCUUUUGGCCAGAUAAUUAAAUUUUUUAUUGCCUAAAAUGCACUGGAAUAGAUAGAUAGACAGAUAGAGAGGUAGGUAGGUAGAUAGAUAGAUAGAUCGAUCGAUAGAUAGAUGGAUGGAUGGACGGACGGACGGACGGACGGACGGACGGACGGACGGACGGAUAGAUAGAUAGAUAGAUAGAUAGAUCGACAAUUUUAUUUAAAGUGAAUGAAGGGGUUAAGUUUCUAAAGAAACUGUGGUGCUGUGUCGGUGGGAGAUUGUAACAAGGUAAUUUUGUAUUUUCAACUGAAAAUACUUUUUUUGAAAACAAAAAUAUAUAUGUGUAUAUAUAGAAAACUGAAUACUUCUCGUUUUUAUAUGCUUAAAAAGUUGCUGGUUUCCGUAUGUUAUCCGGAAGCGAGAUCCAUUUCUUAGCCUCAAUUUAAACCGUGUUUUGUGCCAUUAACCUUUGUUAACGUAAGUAUACUGUGGUCUCUUAAAUUAUACUUGUCUUUCCUUGAUUUCGUUAUAUCGCCUUUACUAGUUAAUGCACGGCCCUGUAAACAGCUAGUUAUUGUUGAAUGGAUGCCAAAAUUAUUCCUAGUCACUUCAUGCCUCAGAAACUAGAGGCCUGUUUCUCGAAGGUCCCAGUCACUUAACGGGCCCUUAAAGCUGUUCUGUUGUCAUUCAAGAUGGGAGUUUCAAAACUUUUGAAAAUUAUACAAUAAAACUAUCAGAUAAAGGAACAAAAAAGACUCGUUAGGAUGUCAGAACCUGCUUCUGUAUUCUUUAAAUUUUGAUAUUGAAAUAGGGCUUUGGGCGCAUUUAGUUAUUGGAACCUUCGAGAAACGGGCCCCUGGAUAGGUAGAAAUAGGGUCUGUGUUCUGAAAUGGUGAACCUUUCAGUCGCAUCAAUCAUGCUAUGUCCUUUCUUUACGCGACAAUAUUUUCUCAAUCUUUCUCAUGAGAAAACUGAGCAAUGCACGUUUGAAAUUGGUUGCAGACCACGUUGUUCCAGACGAAGCUUCUCAACGCAAGCAACCCAUCAUCAAUUCUUAUAAACGAAACAAGUCACUCACUCAACACCGACUUGACAAAGGCGCCGUCCUUCUUUGGCACAGGAAACCAUGCAGCUACACUUAUGGAUGUCAAUGGUAAAUACAUGAUAUGUACGAUUCGAUUUAGGCAUUGAGCUACUGUAUUUCUUUAUUUUUUCCAAACUUUCCCCGAUCUAGAGGCCACUAUGCAUGGUAUUAAAACAAUGUGAGUGAAAGAAUAAUUAGAAUAUGUAAUAGGGAAAAUGAGUUGUUCAAAUGUGGUGAUGGUUACAAACAGUUCCACCGAAAAUCGCUGAUGAGCAGAAGAACGAAAGAUGUAAGCGGCCCAGGUAAAAAUAAAUGGUCUCUGAGUCCAGUACAUUCUUCCCGGGAAUUAAGUUCGGGCUUACACUUUCCGAUAUAAAACCAAUCGAAUCGUCCAUUUAAUCAACAUGCUACUGAAGGACAACCUCAAACGUUCACUAAAUACAUAAAAAAAAUUUUAUUAAGCAAGAUUACACAGUGACCCGACUGUGGCCGACUUCUUUUUUUCGUUUUCAUGACUUGAGACAUUCUGGCGUGGUCCAUGUAGAGGCCAGGAAAAAAAUUAUCAAGGCUAACGUUGGUCAUCUCUAAUCCAACAGGCUUGUUCAACAGACUGCGUUUUGAUUGUGUAUCUUAAUACCAAGCCAAAGUUACCACAACAACCACUAAGAAAAAUUGAAAAAAAAAAUCACGAAGAGCCAACCAGAACUCAGAGAAAAAAAACCAAACAUACAAAGCGCGGGGAAACGCGAGCGAACUAGUUAUGAUUGUUCAGUUUUGCAUCUAAUUGGUGGGAAGCGUGGUGCGAGUCUUCUAGACCAAUCACAAAGCCCGCUGAAGCAGAGCCAACGUAGUUACGGUUUCCUUUUGAUACUUAACUGAAAAUUGCUUUAAAUGAAAUGCCUUAUGGCCAAAACAUCACGCCGAAGAAUUAUAAAUCAAAUUGAUUGCUUCGAUUUGAAAUCUACCCGGUCCUGCCUGAAGGCUCUGUAAUAUUCUUAACGCCCAAGCCCCCCUCUCCAAUGAUUGUCAAAAAAUGAUAAAUAAUGAUUGGUCCCUUAAAUGAGGAAUGUGAAAACUUGGUUUGUGUUUUAAGUCUGGUUCUUGUAGACUGAUUGGUCAGUUUUGCAGUGAUACUAUAGGCUGCAAGACUCAAGUAGCUCUUUUGGGUUGUGAUCGUUCAGUGUCUACUGUCGGUGACGGUGACGGUGACAUCAUAACUGCCAUUUUGCUUUUCUGUAAUGAAUAUGAGUUUAGGAUUCGAAUUACAUAUAUCUAAAUCUUGCUGUGAGGUCUAACGUGACCUCUCCUUUUGGUUAUUAUGCUUGUGUUUAGGACACUAUUAUUUUUCGUAAAAAUAAUAGAAGUUUCAUUAUUCUCUCAUUUUUAAAAAUUUAAGGAAACACUUACUAUAUUCCCGACGCGCAUAACCAGGGACUUAAUGUGAAAAUUGGCCUGCAAAAUUCCAGACACCGAAGAGGUUCAAAGGCUACAUCGGCUCGGUACGCGACCGCAUGGCUCAACCAUGGAGUGAACCCAACGGACAAGGGUUAUGAAUACACCAUAUUGGUUAACAGACCCUCAGAAGAAGUCCGGGUAGGAAUUUUGGAGUUCAUUAAACGAUUCCUUCAAGCAUGCGCAUUUAAACAAUUAGCUCUCAGAAGUGUUGCAUGUGUAACUUCUUGCGAUUUCAAUAGAUAGUCUGCAAACAGGUGAUAAGAAUACACAAGGUCAUCAGCUAUGCUGUAGACUGCUAUUUUGCCAUGACACCUAAUUCAUUACCAUAAAAUGUAUGGCAAUCAGUAUGGUGAAUUUCGUACAGGAUCUGGAAGUUAAGUUGCCUUUAUCAGCAAGUAUUUGUUGACAAGUGGACUGGAAACGAAACAGUUGUAUCUCAGUGGUCGCUUUUCAAGAAGCAUUCCUUCUUCGCUUCUAAGCCAAUGGAUUUUAACCGAAAAUCUGGCGAAAUAGGAAAUUGUGGGAUAGAUAAGCACACACGUUAAGCAUUCUUAUGUACAAUGUUUUUUGUACCAAAUGAUCUAGUCUCGCAUGGAAAGCCACAUUCCUAGCCUUUUUAUUUUAACAGGGCUCAAAUAGCCUUCAGCAAUAUUACGAUUUUUUUUUCUUUUUGAUCUCGCACUAACAUUUUUCUGUUCAUAAUUUGAAAGACUUUGGCCGAAAAUCAAGCUAGUGGCAGUUACUGGUAUCAAGUACUUCAGAGAGACAAUAGGGCUCACGUGGUGAAGAUCAAUAAUUGCCCGAGGCAGGGUGAGACACAGUAUGGAUACGUUUUUUUUGACAAAUCUGUCCGUACCUCGGGUCCAGUAAGGCGCGUCACAAAGGUAAAACUUGUCAUGGUGUGGUCUAGCUUAGAUAGGAGUAAAAACAGAGUUGGUUUAACGAGACUAGCAGAGAGGAUGAAAUUCGCGAAUAUAUGGAGCGUCUCCUUUUGCUAAAAGAAAAUAAAGACGUAAAGCGUUUCUUUUAAAAAAGGCAUUUUGUUCAUGUUUUUUUCUUAUGGCUAGUUGGUUGGUCCUGAUUUAAAUUUUAAUAUGCAUUAAUUGUUAUGCAUUGUUUGUCAAACUGUUUUAACAAGUUUUGAAUUUUCAAAGGCAUUGUAAGUCGCAGUUUACCAUGUGUAUAGAACUAUUAUUUUUUCUUAUUAUUUAGUAUUAUUAUUAUUUAUCAUUGGUUUCCUGCUGUUCAGUAAGGAAUUUUUACCAUGGGAUUUUCAAAUUCCUGUUGAAGCUCUAUACCUUGGAAAAAAUUAUGCGUAGAAAUAUAAUGCUAAGUUUCAACUUUUCUUUUUAGAGAGGCAUUUUUUGGUGUUUUUUUCUUAGAGCUAGUUAUUUAGUCCUGAUCUUAAAUCUCUAUAUACUAUAACUUUUAUAAACUAAUUGUUUGCAGAACUGUUUUUAGAAGUUUUGAAUUUUUAUUUUAAAAGGCGUUGUUAGUCGCAGCGGAAUAUGUUUAUACAAGUAUUAAUUAUUAUUGUUCAUUUCUUAUAUAUUACUUUUAUUUAUUAUUAAUAAUAUUUAUUCGUAAGUUAUUGUUAUUAUUACUAUUAUUAAUAUUUAUCAUUUGUUUCCGGAUUUUCAUAAAGGUUCUUUUACUAUAGGGUUUCCAAAUCCCUUUUGAAGCUUUAUAGCGUGGAAAAAAUUGUGUCUAGAAGCGUUUUUUUUUUACCAAAAGGCACAUAAUUCUCCGUUUCAACACUGUUUCAUCCUUCCAGUAUAAUUCACCGUCACAAAAGAAGGAAGAAAGUUUAAUUAGAUAGGGACAAAAAGCCUAAGAGCUGCUGUCCAAAUUUCUAAAGGCUUUGUUUCUUUGUUCCUUUGAUGUAAAUAUAUAUGUAUCGAUCGUAACCUUUUUGAUGGAAAAAAAGGCAUAUUUACUUCAUAUACAUGGCAGAGUGCCACGUUAUUGAAACUUGAGUAGUAUGUAUGUAGUAUAAUCUAAAACUGUGGAUAGCAUUGAAGGCGCGCUCUGAUUGGCUACUCAAGCUCGAAAUAUCCUUCGCUGUUCUUCAGAGGAACUCGCACUGGAUUUGUGGCAGAAAACAUUUUAAUCGUUUCUGGAAUAAAUUGGUUUAAAUCAUAUUUUUGUCCCAUUUUGCUUCAGUCUCGGCGGUUACCAGUAUAUAGCCACCUCCAUUUAGGUGCAUAGUUAUUAAAUAUAUUUGUUUUAAGUUUAUGUAAAGUAAAAUUUUUUUUUGGUCAUUUCUGGACGUGAUAUGGUUUUUGUGUAAAUAAAUAUCGAUUGAUCUGCGGUUCUUCUGAUAUUUUAUCUCACAGGAUCCUUGCAUUGUGAUGGUGGAAGAAGUGGAUACCCAAAACUUGUACAUUGCAGUCUCUUAUCCAAAUCUAAAUUUCAACAUCUCCAGGACUUUGGAUUGGGGCACUCUGGUCAAUGGGCAAGAAAGGUUUUAUUCUGUUAGCACACCAGUUGAAAUAGAGGUAAUCUGAAAACUGAUAUUCCUUCUUUUUUUACUUCUUUUUUGAGAAUACUGUUGAUUCUUGCAGUCUGAUUGGCUGUUAGUAGUUUGAUUAUUUACAAAUGACACAAUUGUUAAAUGAUUUCUAUAGAUAGUCACAUGAUUUCAAGUGCAAUUUGGACUAAAUAGGGAGGAAUAAAUUUCGUCAAAUACUAACAAAAUUGCACGAGCCCUACGGGCUCGUGCAAUUAGUGGUCUUUGAAAAAGUUUUCAUGUGCUCAUUAAUGAAUAUCUUAACCCAACAUGUUGCGCAGAAAAAAUCAAGAAUUUACACAUUAGAUAAUGAUAGUGUGGCUUAAACGAAUGAGGUAAUCUUGUUUUGUAUGAAGAAAGCGUUUUUCAGUUCAUUUCCCUAAAAACAUCAUUAAAGUUAUUAUAACGACCGAUUUGAAAGAAUGUGCUUGUCACUCGAAACCUGUGAACAAUCAAAAGAAACUGAAACAAACGAACCUAAGUGUGACCAAGUCGAGAUUGAUUUUCCUUUUGAUCUGAGUGAUUUAGAAGGAGGAGUGAGUUUCGGGACCUUCACAGUUCAAUAAAAUAAUAGCAACACAAUUCAUAAUUACACUCGUCUCUUAGAGCAAUUUUCAAUUGAGUGUUGAAAGUAACCUGGAAUUGCAUUGGGUUUCCUUUAAUUUGAUUUGUGAUUGGUCCAGAAAACUCGCACCACUCUCUUAACGGAUUGUCCGUUGUAAUUGCUUUGGUUUUGGUUCAAAAACUCAUUGGAAAAGCUCUCCAAACGAACGGCUCUAGAUUUUAACCUCCAAUAAUGAUUUAUCUCAGGUGAGAGUGAUCAAUGCGGUGAAUAUAGCAACUGGAGAUGUGAGAGUAAACGGAGAGGUUGUCCCAGACACCGAUAAAACAAAUCACGUGAUGGUCAGACCAAAAUCAAGCGGUGCAACUACAGGGCGUGCCAUCGUGUUUAAACAGCUGUCCAAGGGGUUCACUACAGAAGUCAAACUUACUCGAUGGUUGCCUUGA